AUGUACGCACGUGUGCGGUUGUGGCGCGCUCCCUCAGAUGCAAAUUAUCGGCUGUGGAUGUCUUGGAAGGAGCGAGUGGGCGAAGCCGAAAGCACCAACUGGGUGGUGGGUUCAGUAGGACUUGCCCUUCUGUCUGGGAUUCUCUGGCAAGUGCAACCUCCCAACGAUGACCCGCAGUCUGCAGCCGAGCUUACACGAGGACUCGUGUCCAUGUCAAGCUUGCUAAGCACCGGAGAAAAGGAAGUCUACGACAAGGUGGUGAAGCAGCUGGCAAGCCGAGGCUUUCGCCUUGGCGCGCUUCUCAGCUUCUGGAAGCGACUUCUCGAUGGUCAGAUGAUGCCGGGCUUUGACCCGGACCGCUCCUUGACGAACGAUGUGGUCCGACGAGCAAUCAUCCCGGAAUCUCGAAUUGGACAUAACGGCUGUGCCCUGGCAAGGAAGUGGUCCAGUGCCGAAACGAAGCCACAAGUCAUGGUUACGCACAACUGGACCAAUGGCUUUGGAAGUCUCGUCGCGGCAAUCCUGGCCGAUGCUUUGGACCGAGCUGCCUAUCAGGAGGUUGCGGCCCAGAUUGCCACAGCAUCAGGGCUUGAACAGGCGCAGGAGAAGUUAGGCGGCAAGCUGGAGGCGACCUACUGGGUGUGUGCCUUCUGCAUCAACCAGCAUGCUAAUAUUUGUGGCGGCUUCGGGCCCGAACCGCCCCAGGGGACGCCCGAAUGGGCUGCUUGGAACAGGAGGCGGUAUGAUUCGGUCACUGGUGAGGCAUUCGUGCUUUGCGAUUGUCAGGUGGAGAAGGUGUUCAGCCACACUGAUGCAAGGUGUGAACUGAACAAGUUCGAUGACAUGAUGACACAUUUAGCGCUGGAGGUGUUUAGCUUUGGGCAGUUGAUCGUCGUCGAUGACGCUUUCGAGGUGCUUUACCGGGCGUGGUGCGUUGCAGAAAUAUUCGAGGCCAGCGUGCUGGGCAUGGAAUCCCGGAUACAGGUGUUGUCUCAAGAUGCCGUGGAUCAGAACUACGACAGGCUCUCACUCUUGGAUGUCAGACAAUGCACGGCUUCAUCACAAGCCGACAAGCAAAUGAUCAUGGCGAAGAUCUCAGAUGUGGAAGUCUUCAACUGGAAAAUCCAACAGCUCGUGUUCAGCGAAGAGAUGGGCUUGUUUUCACAGUGGGUGGAUGGGAACGAGCGUUCCCGGCAAGUCGGGAGAAUUGUGCGACGCUGUGUGAUCCGGACAGAGAGCACCCAAGGCAAAGCUGUCCGAGCAUCUCGCAGAUGCUGUGCUUCGUUUCGCUUGCUUGCCUCUGUGAACGACGACUCCGAGGGGGCUGCUACGGAAGAGGAGACGCAGAAGAAGGGAUUCCAGAUUGGCAACGUUUUCGUCCAAUGCCUUUGCUCGGAGAUCAUGCGCUUCGACAUCGCCUUGAACAACUGGCAGUUUCUGCCAAAGCCGGAGCUCAAGGACAACACUACGAAGAAGAAGCUGCGGCUUGGGAUUCCCACAGGCCCCAAGAAAGGCAACGACACCUUCGAGACCGAGCCAUCGGAUCCUCCUGUGUAUAGCUGGGCUCGGGGCGGCAUGUUCAUCUACAAGGGGACGAAGGAAAGCCUGAACAAUGAGGUCUUGACGAUCGAGGUUCUUGGCCAGAAGGGCGGCGAGUGGGCGCCGCAGGGCAAGGCAUUGGUCGGCUUGCGGGGGGCCAUCGACUACCCCAUCGCCGUGGGCGUGGUGAAGAUCCUGACGACUUCCAAGAACGACUAUGUGCAAGGUCGAGCGGGUGGGUCCAUUUCUAUGGCCAUGCGAUCACUGGCCUUGAAGCCUGGGCAAAACGAUGAGGACUCGUCUGUCCCGCGGCCCAUGCAGGACCUCACCUCGCUGACGAUGUACUACAUCCAGGGAAGCGUCCAACAUUUGGUCGUCACGGUGAAUGGGGCAGAUGGCCUUCCUGUUGCAGAUCCAGACUACGGCUCCUCCAAUCCGUUCGUCCGUGUGAAGUACGACGGCACCGUGGAGCAAAGUCCUGUCGUCAUGGCCUCCCUGGCCCCUUGUUGGAAUCACACCUUCUACAUCCCGGUGCGCUUCAUCGACCCGUGCAUCUACAAAGACAAGGCAUACAAGAAGAACAUCUUUCCAGAGGAGCUCUGCAAUCGUGGCUUGGACCUGAUCCGGGCUUCCUCCGUGCAUGAAGAGGAAGAGGAUGAUGAGACUCCUGAGGAGAGUGCGGAGUCAGAAGUGGACAGUGAGUUGGGAGCUGAAGAGAUGCUUCUGACUUUGUUGAAAAUCAGUACCAGCAUGAGCUUCUCUGCCGCCGCCGACAGGACGUCCGCCAUCCGACAGGAGAUGAAGUCGAAGGGGUUCCUUGACAUCGAGGUCUGGCAUUGGGACGGCGUGCCCACUGAGUUCUUGGGUGCUUUCAAGCUUGACCUGCAGAAGGCCCUUGUCAAGAGUCUUUUUGGGGUCAACCCGAAACCACACUCCUUAUAG